UAUGGGCAAACACAGCACACACACACACACACACACACACAUACACACAGUUUUACCCCACACACACUUGAGUAGGACACCGGGCAGAGUGCGUUCUGCCGAUCAUCUCCGUCCCUCCCUCCAGCAAGCGGAUUGCCUGUGCUCCUGACGACAGCUAGUCACACAGUGCUGCGAGUGUGAGGCUGUGGAGAGACUGCAUCAAGGAGCGAGAACUGUGCGCUCGCAUCGGGAGCGGUGCGUGGGAGUUGUUCUCUCUCUACCUGCCAUUUGCAUUCCUUCUUUAUUCUCCACACUCAUCCUCGGACGAGUCCGGGCGCGCGGGGAGUCCCAUUACCGAGGGAGCAUCGCGCUGUAUGUGUGUGUAUGUGCGUGCGUAUGUGUGUGUGGGUUGCCUGUUUUUAACUACAGCUGUCAUCUUAAAAACUGUGGUACUGCCAUUGUGGAGAAAGUCGUUGGAAAUCAGCAAGAAGCGACUGGCUGUUGUCUGUUCUUCCUCCCCCGUCGUUUGUUGAAAGCUGUCUUUCAAGGCGAUGGACUUGAGAUAGUGCGUCUCAAUUUGAGUCUUGGUGGCUGGGAGUUGCCGUCGGGGAGAAAUGCGAAAGGAUGCUUGGAAGCAGUGAAGGCUACAGCAGGUAACCGAUAAGAUGGUGGCUGGGGAAGCGACUGGGCACAGCUACCUGGUGGCUUGCUGGCAGCCCAUUCUGAUCCUGAUGCUCGGCACUGUGCUGUCUGGCUCUACCACAGGCUGUCCAUCCCGCUGUGAGUGCAAUGUUCAAGAACGCUCUGUGAUGUGCCACCGCAAGAAGCUCAUGACAGUUCCUGAAGGCAUUCCUGCAGAAACAAAGCUGCUGGAUCUCAGCAAGAACCGCAUUAGAACCAUCAACCCAGACGAGUUUGCCAACUUUCCCAACCUCGAACAGCUGGAGCUCAGUGAAAACACAAUCUCCACUAUUGAACCUGGAGCAUUCAACAACCUUUACGGCUUGCGGACAUUGGGGUUGCGUAGCAACAAACUCAAGCUGAUCCAGCUUGGUGUCUUCACUGGCCUGAGCAAUCUCACACAGCUGGACAUAAGUGAGAACAAGAUUGUCAUCCUGUUGGACUACAUGUUCCAGGAUUUGUACAACCUGCGGUCUUUAGAGGUGGGCGAUAACGACCUGGUUUUCAUCUCCCAUCGGGCUUUUCAUGGCCUAAGUAGCCUUGAGCACCUGAGUCUUGAGAAGUGCAACUUGUCCUCUGUGCCAACAGAGGCUUUUACCCACCUCCACAGUUUGAUCACUCUCAGGCUGCGCCACCUCAAUAUUAAUGUGAUACGGGAUUACUCCUUUAAACGGCUCUAUCGGCUGAAAGUGCUAGAAAUAGCCAAUUGGCCAUAUUUGGAUACGAUGACCCCAAAUUGCUUGUAUGGAUUAAAUCUCACCUCCCUGACCAUUGCAAAUGCCAACCUGACCACAGUUCCUUAUGUAGCCCUGCGGCACCUGGUUUAUUUGCGGUUUCUUAAUCUUUCAUACAACCCUAUCCAUACCAUUGAGGGAAAUAAGCUCCAUGAUCUUCUGCGUCUGCAGGAAUUUCACCUGGUUGGAGGCAGACUGACAAUGAUUGAGCCCUACUCUUUCCGUGGUCUAAACUACCUGAAGAUUCUAAAUGUGUCUGGGAACUCUCUUAGCACUUUAGAGGAGUCUGCUUUCCAUUCAGUUGGCAACCUGGAAACCCUUGCCUUGUAUGAUAAUCCCCUGGCCUGUGACUGCCGACUGUUAUGGGUUUUCAGACGACGCUGGAGACUGAACUUCAAUAGGCAGCAGCCCACCUGUGCCUCUCCCGAGUUUGUCCAAGGCAAAGAGUUCAAAGACUUCCCGGAUGUUCUGCAGCCUAACUACUUCACGUGUCGCAGGUCUAGGAUUAGGGAUCGCAAACCCCAACAGAAAUUUGUUGACGAGGGUGCCAUUGUUCAUUUUGCUUGCCAAGCAGAUGGAGAUCCUGCUCCAGUGAUAAUGUGGCUAUCCCCGCAGAAAAAGUUCAUCACCACCAAAACAAUUGGAAGGCUCUCUGUGUUGCCAGACGGUACCCUUGAGGUGCGCUAUGCCCAGAUUCAAGACAAUGGUACGUAUGUCUGUAUAGCUAGCAAUGCAGGCGGAAAUGACACCUCUCUUGCUCACCUGCACAUUCAUAGCUACUCGCCUGACUGGCCACACCAGCCCAACAAGACUUUCGCCUUCAUCUCCAACCAGCCCACGGAAACUGGUGCUAAUGGCACAAGAGCCAAUGUCCCUUUUCCAUUUGAUAUAAAGACACUGAUCAUUGCAACCACGAUGGGUUUCAUCUCUUUUCUCGGUGUUGUCCUGUUUUGCCUGGUACUGCUCUUCCUUUGGAGCAGAGGUAAAGGCAAUACUAAGCACAACAUUGAGAUCGAGUAUGUGCCACGGAAAUCGGAUGCUGGCAUGAGCAGCAGCACAGUGGAUGCUCCUCGCAAGUUUAACAUGAAAAUGAUUUAAUGGAGCUGUGGAAUUAAUUAAUUUUGAACUUUAAAAUAAGACAAAUGGAAAAGAAGACAUUUUCUUUCCUCUCGUACAAACCUGUGGAUCCUGGUCUGUUAACAUAGAGUAAUAUGUUUUUUUCCUGACUGAAGGACUAGAGAGGUGGGCAGUUCUUGACUUUCACAAGUGAGAGGGAAUGAAAGCUCAUCCAGUGCUACAGGGCAUUGGUGGUUUCCACAUGGCCUGUGGGGGCAUUAAUUGAAAGUCAGAUUUGUCAUAAGCAGUUCAUAUUCCUGUGGAUUUUUACUGGGAAAAUCAGAAAAUCAUCAGAAAAGAAAAACACUUCAAACAGCCAGAACGCAAGGGGCAGAUCAUAUUUUGGCCAUUGCUGUUUUUUGUCUGUAUUUUUUAUUUAAUGUUUGUUUUUUGAUUUUUUUUUUUUCCAAGGUUAGAUGUUCUGAAUGAGAUUUGUAUGGGUUGAUGAGCACAUUUACACAACUUGGAUGCAUUUCUAACACAUCAUCAUUUCAAUACAUCAGUGUUACAACUGUAAAUGCUAUGUGCUACUAUGGUCCUUUUUUCUUUCCUACAGUGAUGAUUGUUCUGUGAUCCAUCAAAUGUAUAUCUGUGUCACAACACCUGAUAAACUUUGUUGAAACUGAAUGGCUCAGCUAUUAGCAGAAAUACAGAACAUCAUAUGGCACAAAGAUAAAUACAGGAAAUACAAAAAUGUUAGUGAUAUGUAAAACUUAAUUUGAAUGUUACGAUAGCUGAUUUGUAGCCAUCUUUUUGACCAAAAAAGUACAGUGAAUGGUACUGUAAAACAGUUUACACUGAUCAUUAUGUGACCUGAAAAACUAAAUGAUAUACAAAAAUAAGUUCAUUAUUGAUCCCAAUUAUCAGUACUACAUUGUAGAAACCUGCCAAAAGUAAGUAAGAAUAACUGCAUAGUUAGAAAGUUAAUUGUGACAAUAUUUAGUUUUGAGAAAAAUAGAGGAAAAUCCAGUUGUUAAACGUAUUACUAACGUACGUAUAGGAAUUUAGCAUUGAGGAAAUGCCAGUGACUAGUCUUUUGAGCCCAGUAUCUACUAUCAGUGUCACUUUUCCCUAAUUUUCAGAUGUAACCCAGACAGAACACACGACAUGGAUUGAGGGCAUGAUACAGAAGGAAAUGUGAGAUGUUGUUAAUACGAUGAUCUUUAACAACAGCAUCUGCCCUAUGGGUUCAGCCAUCAACCUGAAUGGUUGGCAUUGGUACCUUGAUACUCUAAAUGCUUAUCCCUUGCCUUUAAAAUUGCAUUUCAAAAACUAUUAUGUAAUGGUAUUAUUUUGUGCUCAACAUGAUUAUGAGGAAUAAAAGUUGCUCAUGUUUUUGGAUGUGCUCCUCAAGCUGUAGAAUAUUUCCUUCAUCGUGGGUUAUUUUUCUUGAUUGUUUUAUGAAAUUAGUGGUUUACUGAUGCCCCCCCCCCCCCCCCCAAAGCCAUGGAAUUAUUACCUACCAGGAUCAUUUACAGGUUUACUAUUCCCCAGAAAUGUGCAUUGUUUGUCAGGGGAAAAAAGAACUGCUGCAUAUUAUGCUCCCAGUUGGUCCUGCAUAUAAAACCUGAGGUUACAGCCUUAUCUUUUCAAGUACACACUGUGGACAGCUGGGCUUUGCAAAUGUGUGUGAGGAUAAAGGCUAAGUCAUUUAUGAUGGAUGACAUUACAGACAACAACACAGUAAUGGGCUGGAAAUAUGGACUGAAUAUGCAGAUGGUUGGAGUGACACAGAUGGUUUCACCCAUGGAGCAAUCUGAAGCAGCUUUGGUGUAAUCCGUUUUGCAUAAAGGAAAAAAAAACACUGGAAAUGGCUCAUGGUUCUCCCUCUUGCUGAUUAUGAAUGCUCUCUUCAUUCAAAGUGUGGCUACUGUACCUAGCCUUUUUUGGCCCCGAGUGAUCCCGGGAUUCUGUUUUUUGUUUCUGUUAUUCCUUUUUUUAUUUUAACCCUGGACUAUAUUGACCAUGUAGUCCAAGCCAACUUUUUACAAAAAAAGAUAUUAAAAAAGAAAUCUAUGGAAAAUACAUUCAAAUUGUUCUGUGCAAUAAAGGUAAUAUGCAGAUUUUUUUUUUUUAAUUAACAAAAUUUUGUUGAUGUUGAAUUGUUGAGAAUAUGGUAUGUUGUAUUAAACAAUCUAUGGACUUUUUUAAACACA